CCAAGUAAAGAGGGGCCAGGUCUGACUUGCUGAAGAUGGAAAGAUGAACUCUGACUAACACCGUUCCAAAGCUCGGUUCUCCCCUCUCCCCUGACUGGUCCAAAUGGCUGCCGGACCCAGUCAUCCGGCUGGGCCACCUGGCCCUCCCCCUGCCCUGCCCGAUCCAGGAGUGGCAGUCUGGGAGUGGCAGGACGAACUUGGCCGGUGGAGGCCGUACCGGAGUGGCGUAUGCAGCUUCAUCGAGCAGUCUUUCCAGGCCCUGCUGCUGAAGGGGCGGCGGCUGUCGGGGACCUGGCCCGUCAACGGCAGCAUCUCCCUGGGACAGGCAGACGCCUCCUUGGCCCCGUACAUCAUUGACAUUCAGAGCCUGACGCAAUUCCGGCAGGAUACAGGGACCAUGCGGGCCGUGCGUCGACACAUCUUCCAGAUGGACUCAGCGGCCGGGCAGGGCGUUGUCUGGGAGUGGCAGAACGAUGAAGGAGGCUGGUUCCCCUACGAGAUGAACGUCUGCGUCUACUUGGAGCAAGCCUUCGCCUUCCAUUGCCCCCAAGUGGAUCUCGGGCCCUUCGGCUAUAACUACGCCGUCGAUUUUGUGACUCAGACCCAGAAAAACAAGACCACCGGCUACCAGCGUAGGAUCCAGAGGCGUGUAGACUCACCGUACCCCAUAGCCACGAACACAGGGCCUGCUCAUGCAGGGCCCACCUGUUCAUGCCAACAGUGCCUGUUGAAUAGCGGGUCGGGACCCAUAACCACACGAUAUCCGCAUUCCAUGGAUGGGUCUUCAGCCGGAAUGCAGGCGGCCGGCAGGACUGCUGGGUUUGGGGCUUCUCUCCCGGGCUUCCUGCCUUAUAACAAGCCAACCAUGUCUGGAGCAAGGUCAAUGCCGAGGCUGAAUUCACACAGCACGGGGGCAGCGCCACAGCCAGCAGCGGUUCCUGGGCCAAGCCCAGGGCCGGUGGUCACGUCCCAAGGAGUUAGUGUGCCAAAACUACCUGUGAACGUGAUGAGGCCCAGCAAAUUGAGCCAAGCUCUGGCAGGUGCCUCCAGCAGCCCUGAAGAGGUGGUGAAGAAGUACUUGGAGGAGCUGAAGGCACCCCCUGCUGAUGAGGACUGCAUCAUCUGCAUGGAAAAACUGGCCGCGCCUUCGGGCUACAGCGACGUGGGCCACUGCAAGACAAUCAAGCCCGAGAGCGUGGGGAGACUCGCCAAGUGUGGCCAUGCCUUCCACCUGCUUUGCCUGCUAGCCAUGUACACCAGCGGGAACAAGGACGGCAGCCUUCAGUGCCCGUCUUGUAAGGCCAUCUACGGUGAGAAGACGGGCACUCAACCCAGCGGGAGGAUGGACGUUUCCAAACUCCCAGGCUCCCUCCCAGGCCACGAGGACUGCGGUUCCAUACAGAUCACAUACCACAUCAGCAAAGGCGUUCAGGGUCCGGAGCAUCCUAACCCAGGCAUGCCGUACUCAGCAAGGGGCUUCCCACGUUACUGCUACCUGCCCGACAACGCCAAGGGGAGAAAGGUGCUGGAGCUCCUCAGAGUGGCUUGGAAGAGGCGUUUGAUCUUCACCAUCGGGACGUCCAGCACGACGGGGGAGAGCAACACCGUGGUGUGGAACGAGAUCCACCACAAGACGGAGAUGAGCUCCAACGCCUCGGGCCACGGCUACCCAGACCCCAACUACUUGGACAACGUGUUGGCCGAGCUUGCGGCUCAGGGUGUCACAGAGGACUGCUUGAGAUCCUGAAUGUGCCCCCAGUCCAAUCUUGGAAGUGGCCAGCGACAGACAUCGGCUGUCACCCCUGUUGCCUUAAGCUUGUUUGCCCUUUUCUGAGCAAUAACACGGUCUCUGGGAUCGUCCAACCUGGCUGUGGAGACUGAGGUCUAUAUAUACAUAUACUUACACCUAUAAAAAUCUUUCUCCCCCCCCUGUCUUUUUAAGGGCUCCUGAUUCUGACCCACCUUGAAUGUACAUGGGAAGGCAUCCUCCCUCCUAUUGGAGGGCAGCGUAAAAGGACAGAACGGCUUAGCUCCGUCCUCGUAUUCUUCCACCGUAUGGUUGCUGUUACCCCCAAGUGUCCAGGGGUGGGGAGGGAAGGAGGGCAGCUUUUCUUUGUCUCCCCCCUCCCCUCAUAUCUUCCACAAGCCAGGCACUGCUGAUGCACUUUGAGGGGAACUAGCCUCUUCUUGUAGGGGAAAAAAAGGAUUUCUACC